AUGGCGCCUCUUUCAUGUUUGCAUAUACACCAGUUUCUUCCACCUCUUGGACUUCACCCCGUCGCCAUCACUGCAGCAUCUCCUCCACCUCCACGGUUCUCAAGUAGCUCCAAUUCCAAGCUAAUCCACUCACUUUGCCGCUCUUGUCUCCGCACCACCACCAACAACAACCAGAAUCAAAAUUCACGAAUUCAAUUCCAAGGUUCAAGGAGAGAAGCUCUCUUUGCAGCAUUUUCAUUUCCUGCACUUCUUUCCCUUCCUCCGCUUGCCUGGGCGGUCGAUACAGCUUCCGAUUUCCGCUUAUACUCUGAUGAUUUAAACAAGUACAAGAUAAUGAUUCCGCAAGUUUCGUUUGUUGAAUGCCAAUUGGGCUCUGCUCUAACUGUAGAUUGGCAAGUGGGAGCCGGAGAUAGCAAUGGAAUUAAUUCAGUGACAGCGUUUGUCCCUCAAGAAUCUUCUGGUUCAAAUGUAAGUGUAGUUAUCACUGGGCUAGGAGCUGAUUUUACAAGGGUUGAAUCUUUUGGAAAAGUAUAUGAAUUUGCAGAGAGUCUGGUUGGUGGACUCGAUAGAAGCUGGCAAAGGCCGCCUGGUGUGUCUGCAAAGCUCAUAGACAGUAAAUCCUCCAACGGAUUGUAUUACAUCGAGUACACACUACAAAAUCCAGGUGAAAGUCGGAGGCAUUUAAUUUCCGUUUUAGGGGUUGCUAAUAAUGGUUGGUACAACAGAUUAUACACGGUUACUGGACAGUAUCUUGAAGAGGAUUCAGAAAAAUAUGGUUCCAAAAUCGAACAGGCGAUUGCAUCUUUCAGGUUUAUCUGAGACAUGAUCAAAAUAACAACUGUUUUGCUAUCUAUCUCAACUCUCCAUUCUUGUUGUUAUAUAUAAAAAAUGAUUUAAGACA